GGAAAGGUACUAUCAGCAAUGGAAAUGAAAGACUUGCGUUCUCCACUCUCAAAGUGUGAAUGUUUAACUAUAGAUACGCGUAUUGAGGAGUCAAUUCUCCUUGGAAUAGCAAACAUCUUGGAAAGUUGUUCUCAUCUAGAGACAUUAGUCAUAACCAUGUCCCCUUCCGGCCAGUUUGUGUAUAUUCGGGACAGUCUCACCAACGAUUUUAGUGCGGAGCUCUACUGCAUAUCACAAAAGAUGGAUUUUGAGCUUUUGAUGAUGCAUCUGAAAACGCUUAAGUUUGCUGGUUUAAGAUGGUAUUACAGUGACUUCGACUUCUCAUUUGUGCAAUUUUUGCUGAAGAAUGCACUGGUGCUGCAAAAGAUCGUUAUCAAGGUAGGCUGUAUACCACAGAAGGAAUGCUUCCAAGCAGCUCAAAGGUUUUUAAGUUUCCCAAGAUCCUCUCCCGAUGCAGUAAUUAUGUUCCAUUAGUGAAAUGGACAACUCAAGUAGAAACACACUUUUUCUUUUCCUAAGAUCAUUUUGUUCUGUUUGUCUUUUGAAGUAGCAUAUUAUUGGAUGUAAUUGUCUAGGGGACGCACUUAUAAA